AUGGCCCCAGUUCAAAUCAAGCAGGCUGUCACGUGGCUUUUAGAGACUGGUGCAUUUGCUGAUGGUGAUCUUGAUAUCAAAGCCAGGACAUUCAACAAGCAGAAGCCAUUUUGUCAUCAGAUUUUCAAGGACUUGAUUCAUAAUCAAUGGUAUGGGUGUAAGGGUGAGGGAGUACACUAUCCUGAACAUUUCAAAGGCAUUCCUUUAGCUCUACUUGCAAUUACCACAGCAGCUAUUGAAUGUUCUCUCAGGGGAUAUGUGAAUGGGAUUGAUGAAGACCAGAUGAAGGAUAAGGAUUUUGGUAUUGAUUUUGAAGCCUUAGAGGAUACUAUUAUUGCACAAGCUGCUUGA